CCGCGGCCGACCUUUCCCGCCCCUCCACCAUCUUCCUUUUCUGUUUGUUUUCGUGUUUUUACAGUAAAGGCAUGACUGCCCGGCGCCGCAGGGAAAAUAGGGUGCAAGCCCAGAAACUCUUGCCCCACCACCACCUGUUGAAAAACUGAUUCGAAGGCGUCUCCGGGUCUGAACGAACGGAAAGUUGCCGGGAUUGGAUGCGGCUCUCGUUUUGCACCGGAAAACCCUCACUGCUUAAUAUCAAGGAACAAGAGAGAAAAAAAAAAAACUGGAAAUUAAGCCGAACCUUACUCAGUCAAAAUGGAACGGUUUGUAGUAACAGCCCCACCUGCCCGAAAUCGUUCUAAGACUGCUUUGUAUGUGACCCCUCUGGAUCGAGUCACUGAAUUUGGAGGUGAGCUUCAUGAAGAUGGAGGGAAACUCUUCUGCACUUCUUGCAAUGUGGUUCUGAAUCAUGUUCGCAAGUCUGCCAUCAGUGACCACCUCAAGUCAAAGACUCACACCAAGAGGAAGGCAGAAUUUGAAGAGCAAAAUGUGAGAAAGAAGCAGAGGCCCCUGACUGCAUCUCUCCAGUGCAACAGUACUGCGCAGACAGAGAAAGUCAGUGUCAUCCAGGACUUUGUGAAGAUGUGCCUGGAAGCCAACAUCCCCCUGGAGAAGGCUGAUCAUCCAGCAGUCCGAGCGUUCCUGUCUCGACAUGUGAAGAACGGAGGAUCCAUACCUAAGUCAGACCAGCUGAGGAGAGCCUAUCUGCCUGAUGGAUAUGAGAAUGAAAAUCAGCUCCUCAACUCACAAGAUUGUUGACAAGGCAGUUCUGACCAUUGUGAUCAAGAUAAAUAAUGUGGAGUAUUAAAGUUAAUGUGUUGAUUGUGUGGUUCAUUUUUAUAUUUAUUUCAUUAAAAUCAUGUGAUACAGAAUAGUUUUGCAAUGUGUAUAUAGUUGCAGGCAAAAGAAAAAAAAAAACCUCACUGCAAAACGUAUUGCUAAUUUUAGUCACCGAUGGUAUAAAGCAAAACUUAGCUCUAGAGUGAGUGUAUUAGGAUAUCUGAAACGUGGUGGUUAUCUUUAAUUAAACCCGAUGGCUUUUCUCCUGAAAUGUUUGUGCAUGGAGGACCUGGCCUGUGCUGUAGCCAUGCUGCCAUAUACAAUUAUUUCUUGUGAGGUUACUGAAUUCUUUGGAUUGAGAACGAGCCUAGAAAGUUGAAGCUGCUGCCAGGCUAUACCCCUCACAGGAACUUGAAGAAGGUUGAGUUCUUUUCAAAAUAGAAGGUGGGAAAUGUUCUUAGAGCUUGAGAUCUCUAGGAGAAAUGACUGUUCAAACUGCGUUUUAUUUGUAUGUGAAAUGAUUGCCUAACCUUUACUUCCUCACGGUCUUCUUUGCCUUUUUAAAGAUUUGUUCUUUAGUAGCAGCUUCAAGUGACCAAAAGACUAAAAUCUCUUAAUGUCUUUGCCAAAAGCCAUGGGGGAUUUUGCAGUGAUGAGAUUUUCGUCUCGAACUAUGAACACAAAUUUUUGAACCAUAAUUUUCAUGUUAAAUACCAUCUUGGAUUUGCAAACUUUUUAUGUCUUGGUAUUAAAAGACUACAGGACUUUUUUUUUCUCAUUUAAAUACACUGUGGUUCAGUUUCCUCUUUUGACAGGGAAUUAGUUCCUUUUUGGCUGACAGCAAAUAAGAAAAUUGCUUUCUAUACAUUAAUUUUUCCAUAAGAGUUUAUUUAGGUAAAUAGACUAGAAAUGAGUUUUAGUUUGACUUUUACUGCUUUGCCUCUGGUGAUACAGGUUUUAAAACUUUGAUGCUAAACAGUUGUCUAAAAAUAUGAGGCAAGAAUUUUAUAGUAGAGAUAAGCAGGAUGCUGUUUAGCUGUUUGAGUCAGAAAGAAUCAGUUCUGUUAAAGGUCAACCAUGCUUAGGUUCUCUGAACCUCACUGUUCUUCAAGCUUAUUAGAAGGAAGUUAGCUCAGAUAAGUCCUCUUCAUCAGAUCCAAAUUAUAUUUUUUAAAAGUUUAGUAACAGAAGACUUAGUUAGAGCUUUAAUAUAAAAAUAAAAAAAUCAAAUAGUUGAAAACAUUGAAGUUAUAUUUCUACUGUAAAUCAGUGGCAAGAUGCCCUGUGUGACUUGGAGUUACCUUUCAGGUCAUUGUGCCGCAAAUUUCCAUUAAACAAAAAGCCAAAGUUAGUAAAAAGUAAUAUAAUUUGUGGGGUUGGUUUUUUUGUUUGUUUUUUGUUUUGGGUUUUUUUUUUUUUUUUUUUUUUUUGAGACAAGGUCUUUCUACAUAGACCUGGCUGUCCAGAAACUCACUAUGCAGACCAGGCUAACCUUGAACUCACAGAGAUCCACCUGCACCUGCCUCUUUCCCUGCUGAGUGUUGGGAUUAAAGGCGUGCACCACCACACCCAGCAAUAAUUUGUGUUUUUAAGAACAGCUUGUCUUAGGGUCCUUUGUAGAUUUAACAUUCCCAAUUCAGGUUGUCAAAGUGACCACUUGUUUCUUCUAUUUUAAAAGCCUGCUAUGGAAGAGAAAAAAAAAUCAGUUCUCAAAAUUUGUGGUUUCCAUUUUCUCAUGUUUGGUUAUAUUCAUGUAGAACAUAAAUGUCUAGACUAGUUGUUUACUAACUGCAGUUGGUAAAGCACACAGAAAUCAGCAAAGUGUAAACAGUGUAUUGCUUCCUCAAAGACUUGGCAGGCAACCAUUUUUAAAUUGUCUAAGAUGGUAGGAAAUCUAAGCAACUAAAGAAAUAAUUGAAUUUUAUACCACUAUUUUCCGAAUAAAAACAAUCAUUCUAAUUUUUCAGGAUUCCAUGUGAUUUGGACUAUUCCCUAUUGUCUGGGACUAUGCACUAUCAGUAAACAUGGCAGAACAGCGCCUAGUAAUCUAGUAACAUGUUUGAUGUUGCACUAGGAAAACAAUUCACCUUUGCCUUUCUUGCAGUUAUAAUGACUUCACAGUCACUGAGUUCCUGUAGAACUGCUUUUCCAGGCUUGCAACUAUUACAUUUUUGCAUCUCUAGGGGCAUAGUUCAUUCUGUUAGGGUUGGAUCAUGUCCUUAGAAUGAGUUUUCCAUUCUCUUGGGGAAAGUUAGUAUUAAUGUUUCUUCACUGAUUAUGAAAGUUUGUUUCUUGGAACUGGUUAAAUUUGUCUCAUAAAUAAUACAAGUGGUUAUAUAGUAGCCUGCUCAAACUGGUAAAGAUUUGCAAAACUAUGAUUGGCAUGUUAGAUAACAUGAGACCAAGGCAUGUGCUACUUGGGAGGCGAAGUGAACGUGUGUACAGAAGCUUUCAAUCUUAUAUAGUGGUAGUAUGAUGCUAUAUUAUUGGACCAAUAGCAGCUUUUUUUCUAAGUUGGAUGCAUUAUUAAAAGCUUUGUAAUGUUUCAUUUAUAAACUGCCUUCAACACAUGCUUACCUGUUAAUGUUUUCUCAGAGUAUCGUAGUAUGUCUUCCAGAACCUCACUAUAUCCUGACAGUAAAUAGUCCUAGCUUCUUGAAUUUUCUGUUGGUUUCUUUUUCAUUAUCUGUGGCAUAUAGCAAGCCUGAAACAUAUUGUAAUCAUUUUUUACAGAGUGAGAAAUUAGAUUGUGUAUGACAGCCUAUAUAGUUAUUUUCUCCAUUAUCUUUGAUUAAGGCUUUCUAAUAUUAUUUAGUAAAUGCUACUUCCAGUUAAUGCCUGUGGCCCUACUGAAUUUUAAGGGACCAGAAAACUUUUACAAGUUUUACAUCUUACUGUUUAAACAGUUGUGUGUCUGCUUGGGAAUGUUCUGAAGGUGAACAUACAAUUGGCAAGAUUUCCAAGCUAAAACUUUGGCCUGAAAGAAGUUGUACAUGAAUGUUAGCAAAUAUAUAAAAGCAAAUUAAAUUUAAGGUGACCUAAAACAAAGGCUAGAAACAAGUUUUUGUUUGGUUCUUAGUCUUUGUAAGGGCUUUCUGUGUUUGACUUACCUCAACUGCCACUUAAUGAGGACAGAUCACCUUAAAAUAAUUGAUGAACAUGGAAAGUUAGUCCUAUAGUUUCCAUAAUAGAUUGUUUUGGCUUUUGGUCGGCACUGAUGAAAAUGUGAAGUGGCUAUCCUAAACCUUGGAUGAUCUCAACCCAUACUCACAGAUCACUGAGGUAACUUACAGUCCUUACCUAGUGCUAUUCUACUUGUAUCCAGAAUACUGUAUUAAAAUUUUACUAUGUUAAUUUUCGUCUUCCUGUGCUUAUUUUUUACUUUUGCUCAUGCCCGUAUUUUAGUAUAAAUGUGUUGCUUUUUAAAAGUUUGUGACAUUUAGAAAUAAAUUUCAAAAGUUUCUAAAGUUUUUGAAAGCAUAUUCUGUUUUAUGAGCCAAUGACAAACGUUUCAUAAUUUCAAGGUUUUGCCUACUGAAUUUUGAUUUUUCUACCAAUCUUUUCUCCUGUUUGUGGUGUUAGCCUUGUUGCCCUGUGUGAAAGCAUGUUGUUUUAGGCCAGAGUGACAUCAUAGCUUCAAAUUGCCCUGUUCUCCCAGAAUACUAUAGGCCAUGUUUAAGUUCAGUCAACAUCUUAAUGGGAACAUUUUACGAGUAUUAUGAAGGGCCUGGGUCAUGGCUCUUGUUAAGAGGACUUACACUCUUGUACAGGGUUCCCAGCACUCAUACUGAUUGGCUUACAACAUUCUAUAACUCCAGCUGCAGGGGACCUGACACAUUCUUUCAGCUUCCUCAGGCACCUGCAUGCAAGUACGUGUAAACUCGUACAGACACACAUAAAGAUAUAUCUUUAGAAAUGUCAUGAAUGUUAGCCACCGCAGGACUGGUCAAUUAAAAAAUAAUAUAUGAAAAGGGCCUUGUUUGCAUCUUCUAUAUGUUUUGAAACUCAUGAACUAAGACAAUAAAGUUAUUUUAAAUCAA